UGCUGUGAAACCAUGACAACACAACGCCUGCCACCUUUCUUUCUGCAGACACACCCGAUUGUACUGACAGCUCCUUCAAAUUCAGUCUGCCCUCACAUAUCAAUCAGCCUCAGCCCAGUCCGGACAGAGUCAGAGAUGGGUGUGACAAACCAGCUCUUCUUAAUACCAGUGCUGCUCACCCUGGUCAGGACUCAGAAACUUCAGGUUUCCAUGGUCCCGAAUUUAAAUCAAGUUUAUGCCGGGGAUACAUUGAAGUUGACAUGUAACAACAAGGGUUCUUCAGUGAAAUGGUUCUUCAACAACAUCCUGUCCAACAACAUCCUGUCACCUGAAAAAGAAUUGCAGAUGACUGCAAUAUCUGCAAAAAACUCUGGCUCCUAUCGCUGUGAGUCCAACGGACAGAGGAGUGACAACUUCAACAUCUCUGUUCUGGCCUACCUCCCUCCUUCAAUUCUCUCCAUCCGUUCGGGCCUACCAGUAAUCCAGAGGGGCAGUUCAGUCACGCUGAAUCUGGAGGUAGAAGAUGGGCUUCAGGGCUGGACCUGCUGGGUGUACAAGAAGGGAGAGGUCAUCAAUAUGAGAAUGAAGAAGACUUUGAUGACUGCCGACCAGACUGAGGUGGCGUUCCAGCCCUACAGACUGGAGGAAAACAUGGGCCUCUACUGGUGCAGUGAUCCGACCAACCAGACGAGGAGCAGCAUGGUCACUCUUAGGACUUCAGAACGGAUGGUACUGAUGGAGACCCCAUGGUCACCCAGGUCGGAAGAUAAUGUGGCCUUGGAAUGCAUCGUCCCAGGGGCCGAGAUUGAGCGAACUCGGUUCUAUAAGGACGAAAUACUGAUCCAGGACGGUGACAGCACUUCCUUCCCCAUCGACAGGGUGACACAAGCGGACCAGGGGUCGUACAAGUGUAAAGCCACCUACAAAGGGGUCGUCACUAGACAAACGGUCGAACACCUCUCCGAGGUUCAGGAGCUGGUUGUCAUGGACGCCCCUCCGAGAGCAUCUCUCUAUAUGACCACGACCAUGAGCAUGUACUGUGCAUGCUCCGUGUGUCCCCAUAGCACCUCCUAUCGUUGGUACUACCAAGAGCCUGAUAAAACCCGCCUAUCACGGGUACAUGAAGUAACGGGUCCAUCUUACAGUAAUGAAAUACUGCCUGGCAGAUAUGCAUGCAGAGUUAUAUGGCAGGAUGGACGAACAUCUAUGAGCAAGAUCCAUGAGGUUUCCGGGGAACUUAACUGGCUGAUGCCGUUGGUCGUCGUGGCAGGCCUGCUUCUCUUCAUAGUUGUAGUUUUCAUCGCAGUCUUCAGGUGCAAAAAGAGGAAUAGGCCUAAUGCCGAUGGGAUUUAUGAAGAUGUUCCGAUGAUGGGGGUGAAGGCGGGCGGAGAGGACGGAGGCUACGAGGAGCUAAAACGGAAACGUGACCAGGCAGAGUAUGACACCUUGGAAGCUGUAGCUGGCGACCCAGAGUCAAAACGCGGCGCCAAGGAGAAGGUUACCUCGGUGACAGCAGCGCCCUCUAGUGAAGCAGGAGGGUAUGAGCAACUCCGCCUGAAAGCAGUCGUUGACAAGGACAACGAGUACCACACCUUGAAGGCAGAUGCCCAGGGUGUGAAGAAGAAGGAUGGGGAAUAUGAAGCUUUGAAAGCAGAGCCAGAAAGAGAGGGGGUGUACCACACCUUGAAGGCAGAUGCCCAGGGUGUGAAGAAGAAGGAUGGGGAAUAUGAAGCUUUGAAAGCAGAGCCAGAAAGAGAGGGGGUGUACCACACCUUGAAGGCAGAUGCCCAGGGUGUGAAGAAGAAGGAUGGGGAAUAUGAAGCUUUGAAAGCAGAGCCAGAAAGAGAGGGGGUGUACCACACCUUGAAGGCAGAUGCCCAGGGUGUGAAGAAGAAGGAUGGGGAAUAUGAAGCUUUGAAAGCAGAGCCAGAAAGAGAGUGGGUGAACCAUACCUUAGGGCUGGUGCAAGGGGCUGAAGGGGGGGCCGAGCUGGGGUCCCAGGUGGCCAAGUAGUGAGGGUAAGCAGAGCACCAGACCAGCGUAGCAGGCUGGAUGGCAUCCCAAACCAUACAUACCGUAACCGGCAAUGGAAACAUAUCAAACCAUUAAAGAGUCACCAGUUUAGUGAAACAACUCUUGUAAUCAUUCAUUCAAUCAUUCAUUUGCUUACUCCUAUAUGACAUAGUUGUAGUUGACUCAUAAACACAUAUUUACAUUUACAUUUACAUUUAGUCAUUUAGCAGACGCUCUUAUCCAGAGCGACUUACAAAAAGUACAGGGACAUUCUCCCCGAGGCAAGUAGGGUGAAGUGCCUUGCCCAAGGACACAACGUCAUGUGCACCGGCCGGGAAUCGAACUGGCAACCUUCAGAUUACUAGCCCGAUGCUCUACCCGCUCAGCCACCUGACUCCUGACACCUGACACCUGACAUAUAAUGUAUAUUUAUAUUAACGUAAGAAAGCACUUUAUCACCAAAUGAUUUGGUAACCAAUAUCACUGAGCUACAAAGUCAAAAGUUUUUAUGAAACUACAAAUUAUUCUUCCUGAUUCCAAAUCAUUUAUGUCCACGAUAUUGGAGGGUUAGUGGAUUUGUCAAUCUGUGAAUCAACUUUAUGAUCCUUGUACAUAAAUUGCAUGCUUAAUAUAUUCAGAUAAAAAGCUGAAGGGUAUUUUUUUUAAGAGCUUUCUAGGACUUAAUGCUUGAUUCUCGCUGUAUUUUACUCUCGCACUUUUUAUAAAGUGUGAAUGAUUACAUUUUUUUUAUAGUGUAAUCAUUGGUAAUCACUUGUGAAUAUCUUUGAGUGUCAUUGUACCAUGUAUUGUUAAAGGAUUGUUAGCAAGUUUUAGUGUAUUGUGGAGUUGUGUCAUGCAAUGUUAACAGAUGACUGAUGGAAACAUGAGUCAGUGUUUCAAAAAUGACUGUUUCAUUUUUUAACAGGCAAUAUUAUCAUGAAUGCUUGAAUAAAGAGUUGA